GGCAAUGAGAUGUGAAGCUGCCGCUCGCUAUAUCAGACUGUCAAAGCAGAGGGGGUGCUUUCUGAAGGAAACAAGCACCCACUGGCUGUGCAUACUGACCUGACUACACCUCCUUCAAACCUGCAUCCUAGACAGACUCCCCUCCGUGACCAGGAGCACCGCAAAGUAAAUGGCAUUGGCAAUGGAGUAGAAGGGGCAACCUCUCCACUCAUCGGUCAAACCAAAAGUGAAGCCCGACUACCAUCACUUGUCUCCUUAAGGAUGUCCGAGACACUGUUCCAACAGGAGAGGCUCCAAGCUAUCGCGGAGAAGAGGAAGCGGCAGACGGAGAUAGAGAACAAAAAACGACAGCUGGAGGAUGAGCGACGGCAGCUCCAACACCUGAAGUCCAAGGCUCUACGGGAACGAUGGCUGCUGGAGGGAAUUCCUUCAUCGGCAGCAGAGGAGGAUGAGGGGAUGAAGAAACAGUUCCAGGAGGACAGUGUCAAAACUAAACAGAUGGAGGAGACCAUCCAGAGGCUUGAGAGGGAGCUUGAAUCACUUGAAAACGGGGACGUUGCCAUCUCUAAAGAAAACAGCAUUGAGGAGAAGCUGAAAGAUGAGGAGAAGGUCUCUCCGAGCAAAGGUGGUGAAUUGGCAAAGCGUCACAGCAGCCCAUUGGCCAAUAAAACCGAAGGAAGCACAGAGAAGAUGAAGGCUGCAAUGUUUGCAGUGGAAAUUACAGUGGAGAAGGACAAUGUAACAGGGGAGACUAAGGUCUUGUCCACCACUAGUGUGUCCCCCAAAAACCUCAAGCAGCAAGGUGUCAAGGUCUAUGAGGAUGACCUCAAGGUGAUCCAUGAGGUGCGAAAAGGUGAUGGAGCAGUGGAAAACGGAGUUCAUCUUCUAAGUACCACAGAAGUUGAUGAGCUGAUACAGAAAGCUGAUAAGAUGACAGACUUUAGUAAAGCAGUGGUUCCUGAGGGGAAAGGACCUAAUCAACUUGAGGCUGACAAUCAGACCCCAGAAAAGCUAAAGCCAGAUGGGAUAGCCGGAGAAAAUCUUAAAAUCCUUCAGAAAACCCCAGGCGAUGGUGCGGAGCCCAGCAAAGACCAGCCAGUGACCAUGAUUUUCAUGGGAUACCAGGAUGUUGAGGAUGAGAACGAGACCAAGAAGUUCCUAGGGUACGAUGGAACAGGCAAGGCAGAGCUGGUGAUGAUUGAGGAUGGUGACAGCAAGAAUGAGAGGCCAGUAGAGAGUCAAGCUCCCCCAAAUGGCACUGCUGCAGAACCUGGAGCCCAGGCCACUGAGGAGAAGCCGGAUGGGAAGGGAAAAGAGGCUAUCAGUGAAGCGAAGGAUCUGAAGGAUAAGCAGCGUUGCCAGUGCUGCAUUGUGAUGUGAUUGCACCCUGUCUUGCUCUUAUUGUACAGUUGGAAUGUUAUAUGUUCAUAGUCUUCAGAUGCACCAUAUGUCUUCUAACAUAACACAUGCUUUCAAUUGGGGAUGCAAGGAUUGCAGCCAAUCCAACGUGACUUAGCAAAGACCUACAUUUUUAUUGGAAUUCAGUCAGAGCCUAAAAAAAAAGCUGAAAGCUGAUUGGCUGAAUGAUACCCUAAACAUCAUCAUUUGAGUACAGUUGAGCUCCAAUGAAGUUAUCUUGAUGAUGACACGAUGGGCUGUAAUGUCCUAUUAGAUUCAUCCACAGUGUGGUAGCCGGAUAAACAAUUAAACCAAUAUUCAGUAGAAAAAGAAAAUAAAAUUGCAAUUAACCCUUUAAAGUGGCAUUUGUCCAGGCUGUGGUGCGGGGAGACAAAAUUGACAGUAGGGCACCCUGGAGGUGGGUUUUUUUGCAUCAAAGAUUGGACUGGUCAUUCUGUGAGUCCGCAGAAUCAGGGUUUGGAAUAGGCUAUUAAAAUAGGCCCAGUAACUCCUUCAUCUUUCUGGGACUCUCACCAAAGGUGAACAGUUGGGAGGAAGAUGAACAAUAGUUUCAAGAUUUUGUAAAAUAAAGUGGUAGAACAGUGUACCUAAUGUAGAAAAAAAUAAAGUUAGAAUUUAAGAACCGACAGAAUAACAAAGGGGACAGAACUGGUGAAAAAGGGAUGGUUGGGUACAUAUAUUUUAUUUUCUUCAAAAUCAGGUUUUUGGUGUCUCAUUUAGUUCACGGGGGCCAGUGUUACAGUAAUAAAUCUAAGCCUAUCUUCAUAUGAGUAUCUACAUUACUGUAAGGAGAUUUUUUUUAUUUAUUGUGACAAUGCCCUGAACUGAAAACAGACUAAGUCAGCCCAUCGAGAGGGGAGUUUCUUGAAACCUGCCAGCAACAUAAGGGUUAAAAAUCAUAAUGCAAAAUUUGAGGUAUUAUUCUACAUCAGUGUAAUUUUUCUGUCAUCUGGUCAAUUAGCAAAAACUGUACACACAAAUUCAUGAUGUUUGGUUAUCGCUUUUAUGCAGUGAUUCUCUCCUUCAACGUUGAAUCCAAUCAACGUGAAUUAUUUUGAUCCUUUAUUGAGCCACAGUGCCAUUGAGUUCAAUCUUUCUACUUCCUGGUGAAUAUGAUGCCUUAAAUGAUCCGAAUAAGCAAAAAUAAACUAAUGUCAAUA